AUGAGUCGUCAAGGGAGAUAUGAAGAAGCAGGUAAUGAGUGUGUUGAUGCAUGCCCACCACCUGAUAAAGGAGAAGAGAAAGAGAUGAGUAUUUUAGAACCGCCUAAAGAAAUUAAUAGAAAAAUGGAGGAAGUGAUUAAAAAGUUAAAAAGUUCAAUACAACUGAAAGUCCAACAAGACAUAAUAAGAGAAAUAAGAGAAAAGAAGAAGGAAGAAACCCUAACUAACGAAGAGCCAAUGCUAAUUCAUAAAGAGGUUCAAAUACCAAUAGAUCAAGAAACAAUAAAUGAACAAAAUGAACUGAAAGUCAUAACGAAAGACAAAUAUGAUAAUACAACUCAACAAAGCAAUGAUAACCAUACUGAUAAUGAUAUUACAUUGAAUAAAAGAAUUGAUGAGAAAGAAAAUGAAAUCAGAAUGAGUCAAUUACAAAGUUAUGAGAAAGAUGAAAUGAUUUUAAAAGAACAAAAGGAAGAAAAAGAAAAUGGAGUGAUUAAAAGUAAAUUUCUGUUUGUUGGUCCAAUAUAUGGGAAUUAUAUUGUUCAUCUAUUUGAAAAAAUAGAAAGAGUAAUAAAUAAGAAAGGAGAAUUAAAAGCAGUUAUAAUAUUAGGUCUUAUUCAUAACGAAGAAAUUAUCAUACCAGAACCUCCAUGUCCGAUUUAUAUAUUAGCAACACCUUCUACUAAUCAAUUAAAACAACCAAUUCCAACAAACGUAUAUAUAUUAAAUGGACUUGGAGAUUUAAAGAUUGGUACAUUUACAUUAGUUUAUAGUAGUAUUGAUGAAGCAGAAGAUGAUGUUAGUUAUCAAGAAACUAAAGACUUAGCAACAAAAUAUUAUCUUCAGAAGAGUUGUGAUUUCUUUAUAUCAACAUAUUGGCCAUCAUAUAUUCUUAAUGAAUUAGAUAAUAACGAAAAACCAGCGUUUCAUGUUGACUAUUCUUAUGUUGCUUCAAUUAUUGCACGUGCAUGUUGUCCAAGAUAUCAUCUUACAAUUGGAAAAGAAUAUUAUGAAAGAGUUGAGUUUACUAAUAAAACAGAACCUCGAAUGCAAAACAAUAACUUAAUUUAUCCUACUAAAUUUUAUUCUUUAAAUCCUGAGACAGAAGAAAGAAAUUUAAAGUCAAUUAUAUUCUUAAAACUUAUUUCAGUAGAAGAAGGUGCGUUACAAAAUAACACAAGAAUUCUUGGAGUUAAUCCUUAUUCUGACAUUAAACUUACUCAAUCUAAAUUUAACGAAUUCAAAAAGCCAUUAUGUCAAUCUCAUGUAACUAUUGUUUCUUCAAUACCUACAAAUAAACAAGAAAACCGUCAACAUGUUAUAAGUACUUCUGAAACUAAUAAAAAGUCAUUAUAUCCUCAAAAUUAUAAAAUUAAUAAUUGUUGGUUUUGUUUAUCAAAUUCAAAAAGUGAAUUAAAACUUAUUAUAUCUUGUGGAUAUUAUAACUAUUUAUCUUAUACUAAAGGUCCAUUAAUUGAUAAUCAUUUUCAACUUAUUCCAAUUCAUCAUAUUCAGUCUUAUAAAAUGAUGUCACUUGUUGGUUUAUCUGAAUUAAAUAAUUAUUAUACUUCAUUGAGAAACUUUUAUCGUGUAGAGAAAAAAGAAUUUAUUGUUUUUGAAACAGUUGUCAUGAACCAAAACUCUCAAUGUCAUACAUUCCUUCAAAUCUUUCCAUUUGAAUUAACUAAGAGUGAAGAUCUUAUCAAACACAUUGUUAGAUUCAUAACUCCAUUAAAUGGACAAUGUCAACUCAUUCAACUCUCAAACCCUAUUGCCUUUAAUGAAAUUCCAUCUCAAACAACAUACAUUUAUUUCACUCUCUCUGGAAUUGUUAGUUAUUAUUUCAUUGUACAAAACCAAAUUAAACCAACAAUAGCAAGAGAAAUAAUGGUAAUGUGGUUCAAUUUGCCUGACCGGUUGAUAUGGAAACAAUGUCAAGAAGAAUACUCAGUAGAAGAGAGAAAAGCAAGGGAUUUACGCCAUAUGUUCUCAAACUUCGACACAGUAAUUUAA